CAGAAUAUUGUAGAGGUGCAAAUAAGUGCAAAUCGUGAUGUACUUUAUGAAACGUUUGUUAUGACCUUAGAGAGUGAAUUGCGAGCAAUCGAAGAGAAGAAGCGACGAGCAUCCGCACGUUUCAUAGGUUUCUUUAGUAAGAUAGAGAAGAAGAAACCGGAAACUGCUGAUAAAACGGAGUGUGAACUUUGGUAUAAGCCAUUUGAGGUACGGUUUUCAAAGUAUUUUGCAAUUGCCACGAAUCUUAGACGUUUGUCUCAGGAAUACUCGAAUAAAUAUGCCAACCUGUACCAAUUUCACGACAAUUACCGUCCCCCUUACUACGGUACAUGGCGUAUCCGAAGUAACGUUGUUACAGGACGGCGUCCUUUCACAACUGAAGAUGAAAAUAUUGACUACGAGGUUGAUUCUGAUGCCGAGUGGGAAGAUGAACCAUCAGAUGCUGAAGAAUGCAAGUCCGACGAGGAGAAAGACGGAACGAAGGACUCGCAUGGUGAGAUUGUGAAGGCGUUAGCCCCCAGAAAGGGUAAUAGCGUGUUCAGACCCCACCGCAGACACCUGCAGUCCUGA